AUGUUGGUACCCUGUUCUAUCUUCAAUCGCGCCGUGGCGCUUAUCUCAUUCCUAUACGUAUUGAGCACCCUCAGUACCUGCAACGCUGCGAUACAAAAUGCUGCCAUCCGCCAAACUGACGAAGCCCAAGCUCGUGCCGCAACCAUCAAGGACGCAUUCUUGGUGGCUUAUAACGAUUACAUACGAUAUGGAUAUCCUGCAGACGAAGUUCUGCCUGUUUCGAAGGGUGGACGAAAUUCCCGUAAUGGCUGCCUUAUCGCUAAGCGAGUACGGAUCUUUCUCUCGCCGAUGAAGGAUGCUUUUGACGAUGCAGUCAAUAAAACGCUGAAAAUCGAUUUCUCAACCAAUCAUACCGAUGAUCUAGUCGUUGUGUUCGAAACUACCAUUCGUUAUGUAGGAGGCAUCCUAUCGGCAUACGAAUUAUCUGGCGCCAAUAACCAAGCGUUGCUGGAUCAAGCACGAGUACUUACGGAUAAGCUGAUAUAUGCAUGGCCGGAUGAAAAUCAAAAGCUUCCGUAUUCGGUAUUGUCCUUUACUGACAAUACGCCGGCUAGUGAUAUAGUCAGCUUGGCCGCGGCUGGCUCAAUGAUUGUCGAAUUCGAUCGUCUGAGUUACUAUACUAAAAAUGACAAAUAUAGGAACUUGGCAGACAAAUCUAUGAAAUUUUUGAUGGAUUUACCCGGGAUUUUUCCGGGAUUGCCUGGUCUGCGAUAUAGCGCAAAAAAUGGUAGUGUCAUACAAGACAGGGUCACAUGGGGAGCAAGCGCCGACUCGUACUAUGAAUAUCUUCUGAAAUACCCAAUGCUCACAAACCAAGCUGACCCAGUAUAUCUUGAAUCGUGGAAGAAAGCAGUAGGAUCCUCGAUCAAAUACCUUGUCACUACGUCGUCGCUCCAAAACCUCACGUAUCUGGAUGAAUAUUCGGAAUCUGAGGGUGGAAAAAGACACAUGUUUUCGCAUCUCGCAUGUUUUGCUGUGUUAGCGCAUAUAACCCAAUAUUUAUGGAGAAUCUGUGAUUCACCAGGUGGAAACUGGAUGAUGGGAGGACGUGUGCUCAAUGAUCCAGAAAUCCUAAGAUAUGGGAUCUUGUUACUCGAGACAUGUAUGAGAUCGUACACGGCCACCAAGACCGGACUGGGCCCUGAGAUAUUCAAUUUCCUACCUCCUGAUGGCUCCGAUGGACAAAGAGGUAAUUCCGAGUUCUAUAAAGCCAACGGAUUCUACAUCACAAAUUCCCAAUAUAUGCUGCGGCCAGAAGUGAUAGAGUCUGCAUUUUACGCAUGGAGGAUUACUGGGGAGACAAAGUAUCAAGACUUUGUAUGGAAUGCUUUUCAAGCUCUCCAGAACACCUGUAAAGCCCCUGCAAGCUACUCGGCUAUAGAUAACGUGAACAGCCCAAAUCCAAAGCUAAAAGACGAUUGCGAAAGUUUUCUUACAUAUAUCUCACCUUUGCAUCUCCCGACUUGUUGUCCUUGGAUCAAUAUGUCUUCAUAUGUCUCUAUGCAAAAUAUUCCUCAAGCUGAAAAGCUCGUUGAGCAAAAGACGAAAAUCCAACAUCGGUAUGCCAGACAACAAGAUGCAUAA